AUGGAAGAAUAUGCAAGGGAGCCAUGUCCUUGGAGAAUAGUUGAUGAUUGCGGUGGUGCAUUCACAAUGGGAAUGAUUGGAGGUGGUGUUUUUCAAACUAUCAAAGGUUUUCGUAAUGCUCCCUCAGGAAUCAGUAGACGUUUACUCGGAAGUUUAGAUGCUAUUAAACAAAGAUCACCAAUAGUAGCUGGAAACUUUGCUGUCUGGGGUGGAAUGUUUUCGACCAUAGAUUGUACACUAGUACACUUUAGGAAAAAAGAGGAUCCAUGGAAUUCAAUUAUAUCUGGUGCUGCGACAGGUGGCAUAUUAGCUGCUAGAAAUGGAUUACCGGCAAUGGCCGGCUCAGCUUUUAUAGGUGGAGCUUUAUUGGCUUUAAUCGAGGGUAUAGGUAUAUUAUUCACUAGAUUAUCAGCAGAACAAUUCAAACCUAUUAAUCCAGCCUUAGAAGAUCCAUCACAAUUAGGUCCACCAAGUUUAGGACAACCAAGUUACCAAUGA